AUGUCUUCGUCGAACUUGUCUCCGAUCAAAAUCACCGGCCAUGGCAGGUCGAAAUCGAUGCUGGUGAUUCUCUCUGGGAAAAAUGUCCAGUCGGCCUUGUCUUUGAGCGCUCCGGUGAUGGACUUCUUGCCCAAGGGCCGCAUGAACACAAAGAUCGGGACGUGCUGGAGGUCGUGGACGUACUCGUCGUCCUUUGACGAGAUCACGGCAGCUGUGAUCGCUCUCACGGCUGCAGAUCCCUUGACAACCUGUUUUAUCAAGGCUGGGUAG